AUGGCACCCGUCGCAUCUACCCCCAAGUCCAACUCCUUUUCAGCCCCCCUUAAGUCUACCACGGCGACAUGGCGGCCGAUCCAGAUACCCAACCCACCCAAACGCACAUCGUUUGCGUUUGAUCCAAUCGAAGAAGCUCUUGCCAGCUUUUCCGCUGGGGAGUUUCUUGUCGUCAUGGACGAUGAGAAAAGGGAAAAUGAGGGUGAUCUCAUUAUCUCAGCCAGCCAAUGCACUACGGAAAAGAUGGCUUGGAUGAUCAAGCAUACAAGUGGGUACAUCUGCAUUGCAUUACCCGCAAAUCGGCUAGAGACCCUGGAAAUCCCUAUGAUGGUUCCACAGAACCAAGAGCGCCAUCGGACGGCGUACACUGUCACAGUAGAUUUAAAACAUGGAACAUCAACUGGAAUAUCCGCCCAUGACCGCGCCUUAACGGCCCGAGCGUUGGCCUCACCUGCUUCUAAACCAGAUGAUUUCACCCGUCCUGGGCAUAUGGUGCCGCUACGUUCACGAGAGGGAGGGGUGCUCACACGACAAGGCCACACAGAAAGCGGUGUCGAUCUCUGUCUCCUUACUGGUCAACCUCCAGCUGGCGUUCUUUGCGAGCUAGUAAACGACGACGCGCAAGGCACUAUGGCAAGAAGAGAUGAUUGCAGAGCGUUCGCAGAUCGGUGGGGCCUCAAAAUGAUAAGCGUGGAGAUGUUGGUCAACUGGAGAAGGCAGUAUCCUAUCACCAAUGGUAUUGCGCAUUAG